UCUUUAUACUAGUCAGUGUUAAUAGAAACCCAAUUAGUAGCCAAAAUCUGACUUGAUCAUCUAAAAUAUUGAUCUCAUUUGAUGACUGUCACAUUGCUGAAUGUUAAGAACUAUUAUUAUUUACUCCAUUUUACACAUGAGGAAGGUGGAGACCUAGAAGAGUUCUGCCAAUUGUUGAAUAGCACAGAGCUGUUGAGUUGCCAUUUGGUCUGUGCUAGAGUCUAUGUUUUAACCAGUGUCACUUAAUUUUGUUUCUGAUUUCACCAGAUACAGUAUCCAUGCUUGGUCAGAACUACAGCACCAUGUCUGAAUUUAUCCUCUUUGGCUUCUCAGCCUUUCCCCAGCAGCUCCUCCCCGUCUUGUUCCUGCUGUACCUCCUGAUGUACCUGUUCACAUUACUGGGGAACCUUCUCAUCAUGGCUACAGUCUGGAUUGAACACAGACUCCACACACCUAUGUACCUCUUCUUGUGUGCCCUCUCCAUCUCUGAGAUUCUGUUCACUGUUGCCAUCACCCCUCGUAUGCUCGCUGAUCUGCUCUCCACCCAUCAUUCCAUCACCUUUCUGGCUUGUGCCAGCCAGAUGUUCUUCUCCUUCACAUUUGGCUUCACUCACUCCUUCCUUCUCAUGGUCAUGGGCUAUGAUCGCUACGUGGCCAUCUGCCACCCACUGCAUUACAACAUGUUCAUGAGCCCCCGUGGCUGUGCCCGUCUUGUGGCCUGGACCUGGGCUGGUGGCUCAGUCAUGGGGAUGAUGGUGACGAUGAUAGUUUUUCACCUCACUUUCUGUGGGUCUACUGUGAUCCAACAUUUUGCCUGCCAUGUGUUUUCCCUCUUGAAGUUGGCCUGUGGAAACAACACAUCAUCUGUUAUCAUGGGUGUGAUGCUGGUAUGUGUCACAGCCCUGGGAGGCUGUUUACUCCUCCUCAUCCUCUCCUAUGUCUUCAUUGUGGCUGCCAUCUUAAGGAUUCCCUCUGCUGAGGGCCGGCACAAGACUUUCUCCACAUGUGUAUCCCACCUCACUGUGGUGGUCGUGCACUAUAGUUUUGCCUCCAUUAUUUACUUCAAGCCCAAGGGCCUCCAUUCUAUGUACAGUGAUGCCUUGAUGGCCACCACCUAUACUGUCUUCACCCCCUUCCUUAGCCCAAUCAUUUUCAGCCUAAGGAACAAGGAGCUGAAGAAUGCCAUACAUAAAAACUUUUGCAGAAAAUUCUGUCCUCUAAGCUCCUGAAUGCCAGUUUAUUGGUGAAAAAAUAUAAUAGAAGCACUGAGGAUAAUGUCUGUCUCCAUAGAACUAUUGUAAGGGUUGAGGUAUGUGAAAAUACAUGUUUGAUACAUACUAGCUAUUGUUUCCACUCCCUUUUUGCUUAGACUCAAGUGAUUAUAAUGUCUUGUUUAUGAACCAUUGUGAUGAACUUUAUCCCAUUAUUUGUGCCUGGAAAUGUGUUUUCUGUCUAUGGGCAGGUGGGGAUCAUCACGUGGAUGCAUGUGGGCACUUAUGAACAUGGUUCUUCUUGAAUGAACAGGCAAAAAAAUGUUUUAUUUUCCCCUGGUGUAAGAAAAAGCAAGAAAAACAUGAUAGUCAUAAAUGCCACCAAGCAUUUAAUUUUUUUCUAUGUAUCCAGUACUGUGUCCAGUGUUUUAUAAAUAUUAUCCUAUUAAUUAGA